AAGACAAUGUCAGUGACAGUGCCAUUAAAUGUGCCGACCAUCAGCAGGCGUUUGCGCCUAUAUAACAGAUAUGCUUGCCUCGAAUCUUGUGCCAAUGUCGAAACAGAAGUUGCUCUUAGGGAUUCUGAACUGCUGCUUCAAAAACCAAUAAAAUUGGUGCCAAACAUAUAGAAGAAGUAUGGUUUUCCGGAAGGCACCGAAGGAGACGUGAGAAGUUGAAGAAGUUGUCUUCUUCGAUCGAAAGCACUGAGGAAUUGUUAAGCCAAAACCCGAUCU